AUGAGCUUUUCGGACUUAAAAAAGACCUUUCAGGUAUCUCGUGGGUUCAGCUACACCUACUAUACCUCUCCAGCGCGGGAAUCCAAGCCCACCCUCGCCCUCUUCCACGGCUGGCCCGACUCAGCGCGUCUUUGGACUAGCCUAAUCAAUGACUAUCUCGUUCCAAAUGGCUAUGGCAUUAUCGCCAUUGAUGGCCUAGGCUUUGGGGAUAGCUCCAAGCCCACGGACCCAAGCCAGUAUGGCUGGCAGCACAUGACCGCCGACGUCGUCGAGAUCCUCGACGCGGAGAAGCUGUCCACCGUCAUCUCGCUCGGCCACGACUGGGGGAGCGCCAUGUGCCAACGUUUCUACCACUUCUACCCCUCCCGCGUGUCUGGUCUUGCUAUGAUAAACGCUGCAUACAUCCCGCCAAGCAGCGCCAAGUUUGAUCUCGAUCUAGUCAACAAACUCACCGAGGAGGCCUUCGGCGUCGGCCUGUACCAAUACUGGCACUUCUUUAUUGCCGAUGACGCGCCGGAGAUAAUGAAGAAGAAUAUUGAGUCUGUAUAUGCGGCCGCGCACGGCGAGCCGAGCACAUGGGCAAAUAUUUGGACGUCCGCCGGUGGUAUGCGCGCCUUCAUCGAGGGAGGUCGCACGCAGCAGACCCUCUCCUACGCUACAGGCGACCACAAGAAAGACUUUUUGGAUCGAUACGGCGGAGAUGGCCCCGGCUUCGCUGCAUCUAAUUGCUGGUACAAGGCUACCCAAAGUGGUGUACAGGCACAGGCGGAGGCUAAGCUUCCUGCUGAGCGCAAGGUGGUCAACGUCCCCGCAUUCUUCUGGGCUGUAGAGGAUGAUUAUGUGUGCAGGCCUGCUCUAAUACAAUCUAGUAUUGCAGAAGGGCUUCUACCAAAGCUUAAGAUAGUGAGUAGGUCUGGAGGGCAUUGGGCGUUGCUUGAGAGGCCGGCAGAGUUUGGCGAGGAUAUACUGGCUUGGCUGAAGGAGACAUUUACUUGA